AUGGCGCCGAGGCUGGAGCGCGGCGGGUUCCAGCUCCCGAACACCGAGCAGGAGAACUCCCUCUUCCUCCGCGCGCUCAUCUCCGUCGUGUCCGGGGACACCGCCGCCCCCGCCACGCUGCUCCCGGAGGCGUCAGCACCGGCGGCGGCGGCCGUAGAGGUUCCCGCUCCCGCUCCCGCGGCGUGCGUCAGGUGCGGCGCGGACGGGUGCCCCGGCAGCGGCUGCGAGCUCGUCGCCGGGUCGAGCAGGGACAGCGACGGCGCAGAAUGCUCCGCGUCCGCGAGCCGCGGCAACGGCGGAGGAAGCGUGGGCAAACGGAGAGGGAGGGGGAAGAGGGUGAGCCAGUACAUGGGCGUGCGGCGGCGGCCGUGGGGCAAAUGGGCGGCGGAGAUCCGCGACCCGCGCCGCGCCGUGCGCAAGUGGCUCGGCACGUUCGACACCGCCGAGGACGCCGCGCGCGCCUACGACGUCGCCGCGGUCGAGUUCCGGGGCCAGCGCGCCAAGCUCAACUUCCCGGCGGACGCUGCCGCAGCGGCGCCCGCGCCGGCUCCUUCCUGGGCGGGGGCGGCUGUGCAGCCACACCACCGUCCAGUGCCCGAUCAGAGCCUCCGCGAGAACUGCGGGUCCAACGCUGCGUCGCCGGUGCACGUGGCGCAGGCGCCGACCACGCAGCAGGGAAUAAUAAGGCCGGCGCCGAAGGAACAGGACAUCUGGGACGGGCUGAACGAGAUCAUGAUGAUGGAUGACGGCAGCUUCUGGUCCAUGCCAUGA